UGAGGUUUUGUGGUGAUGAGGGAGGAGGAUGUGAGGGUCAGCAAUGCUUUUGGAGUAUUGAUUGGGGAAUGGCCAUGGGAUAUUAUUUACGCGUUCCUUUUUCCUGGAUUGGCUGCUCUCAUUGCAAAGAACUACGGGUUCUAGGGGCUCAAGGUCACGGUUUAGUGCGUGAUGAGGAUUUUUUAUCUUUUCAGUAAUUUUGGGCAGAUGUGGAAUCCAGUUUUCACUGAUAAUGCGUUUGGUACAGGAUUUUUUGGGGGGAGUUCAGUUUUGGAAAAUAUUUCGGAAUCUGGGGAGAUAGCGGAAUUUUUGGCAAGUUCAGCUGUGUAGAGUAAAUCAUGAACUACAAAAAAGGUUUUUAUGAAAUUUCUCCGAUUCCGCGUCGGUUCGGAGACAUUGGAGAAAAAACGUAAUUAGGAAGUUGAUUUUUCGUGUUCCUGAAGAAGUUGAUUUUAUUCGUGGAUUCGAUUUGAGGAAUUAUGUCGGAAUCUGUGGUGGAUAGCGAAAUUUGUAUAAAAUUCAUUCUUGUAGAGGAAAUUAUGAGCUACAUAAAAGAUUUUUAUGAAAUUUCUCCUAUUUCGCGUCGAUUCUGAAAUAUUUGAGAAAUAACGACAUUAAAAAGUUGAUUUUUCGUGUUCCUAAAGAAGUUGGAUUUUAUUCGUGGAUUUGAUUUGAGGAAUUAUGUCGGAAUCUAUGGGGGAUAGCGAAAUUUUGGUAAAUUUCAUUGUUGUAGAGAAAAUCAUGAGCUACAAAAAAGGUUUCUAUGAAAUUUCUCCGAUUCCGCUUCGAUUCGGAGAUGUUUGAGAAAUAACGAAAUUAGAGAGUGGAUUUUUCGUGUUCCUGAAGAAGUUGAUUUUAUUCGUGGAUUUAAUUUGAGGAAUUAUUUUGGAAUCUAUGGGGGAUAGCGGAAUUUUUGGCAACUUGAUUUUUGUAGCAAAUAUUAUGAGCUACAAAAAAGGUUUUUAUGAAAUUUCUCCGAUUUCGCGUCGAUUCGGAGACAUUGGAGAAAAAACGUAAUUAGGAAGUUGAUUUUGCGUGUUCCUGAAGAAGUUGAUUUUAUUCGUGGAUUUGAUUUGAGGAAUUACGUCGGAAUCUAUGGAGGAUUGCGAAAUUUUUGUAAAGUUCAUUUUUGUAGAGGAAAUCAUGAGCUACAAAAAAGGUUCUCAUGAAAUUUCUCCUAUUUCGCGCCGAUUUUGAGGUAUUGCAGAAAUAACGAAACUAGAAAGUUGAUUUUUGGAGUUUCUGAAGAUUUUCAUUUUACUCAUAGAUUUGUUUAAUUAAAAAAAUUAAAGGUAUAACAUUUCAUGCGUAUUUUAUUGUCAUCAGCAAUGAUCUAACAGACAGAAGGAGCGAUGAUCAUUUCAGAGAUAAUCUACAACAUCACAUGCUGCAAUAUUUACUUUCAAUUAAACGAUGACUCGACUGCCCGGAAUCGGCCGAACUCAUGACGUUCCAAAUAUUCCACGAAUGCUCCAGUAAAUCAAUGGGAAUUGUUCCAAUUUUUUUGUGAUAUCCAUUCUACUCGCUUGGUUACUCUCGAGAAGGACGAACUGCGUUUGAUGGGCAAUGGAACCUGCCAAGUAAGAUAAAACCAGGCUGUGGGAGUUUAUCAAUCGUGAAAGGACGAACUGGCCUUCUGGCGAGUGCGAAAAGUAAUUGUGAGUAAUGCGGAAGAAAAUUGAGGAGCACGUCAUGACGAUGAUGUCAUGACGCACGAGACGGGGAGAGUGACUUUUCAAUAGAUCAGAUGUUACGCAUUAUUGAAUAAUAUUAGGGAAUAGGGAGGAUUAAGUACUUGAGUAGUUUUGUGAAUAAAUAAAUGUAUGAGGAAAUGAAAAAUAAAAUUCUUACAACAAAUUUUCUCAAAGCAAUACGAAUCAAAAAGAAAUACAAUUGAAGAAGGAUUUGAAGGUCUAAUUUGAUUCUUCAUUUUAAUUCGUUAGAAGAGUUUGAAAAAAUUAUCGAAAUAAUUGAUACGUUUUCAUUUUUGAAGAUUGCGAUUCUAUUUUAUAAAUAAUUAAUAACCAAUCAAUUUUUCACCGUAAGAAUCAUUUCUUGUGAAUCGUAAAAUGUCUAUAUUCACAAUUGUAUCAGACAUCGAUUGUUUAUGUGAAAAAUAGUUUCCAAAAGUUGAAAAACAUUCGUUUUUUCAAGUAUAAGAAGGGAAUGCUUCAAAAUGAGUAAUUUUUAGCAAAAGGCAUAUAUUAUUACCAAAUUUGGUAACUGAAAACUACAAAUUCACACUUUCAUCAUUUAUUUCUCAAAAUUUUUCAUCUUCUUAUAAUUUUUUUUGCUUGAAUACUUGAAUUUCCUUAAAUAACAACUGAAUAUUUCAAUAAAAAAUGUUUCUAUUUAAAUUUCAAAGGCUAGAAUUGCACCUGGCAUACCCACAAAAUCAAUGUAAUACUCCCAAGGUAAUAAAUUUCACCAUGACUUGGCGUGAAAUAUUAAUUCAACUGACGCUGGCAAAUUCUCAUCGAUCCCUCAUGCAAAUCAAUAAAACGCAUGCCCUUGAUGCCGAAAAGAGGCAUGACGCCGCCCUGACACUACAGUAAAAAUGAAACAUUGAAAUAUUUUCAUGAAAAUUUAUAAAAAAAAAUUUAAUGGCCAGUCGAUCGAUGCUUGACAUGCAUGUGCAUGCAGACUUUAGCCGAAUUAUUGAAUGAAAAGGGGGUGCGGGGGUGAGAGUUUGAGCGGCUAUUACGCAGGCCCGAGAAAUUAUUUCCAGUGAAAAUCACCGAGGCCUUCGGAGCGGAUGCGCCUGGAGCUGAGGGGAAUCUGGAGGAUCGGGAAUAGAGAGGAGACGAUCUCUCAAGAAUUUUGAGUGUUUGAUUCACGUCCUGGGGACGUGACACCUGGGGGAAAUGGCAGAGGUGGACUUCGAUUUCCAUCUGGUGUUACCCAGUCUCCAACCGGUGUCAUUGAAUGAUCAGAGGGAUGACUUUGUCUUCGUCUAUGAGGAUGACAAGAGACCGGUCGUCAUACUCCUCGGGUGGGCCGGCUGUCAGGACAAAUAUCUGGCCAAGUAUAGCGCUAUUUAUGAAGAGAGAAGCUGUAUAACAAUGCGAUGUACAGCCCCAGUGGAGUUUCUCCUCUGGCGUCGUGACAAAAUCCCAGUAAUUGGUAGACAACUGCUCCAGGUCAUAUUCGACCGAAGCCUCGAUCAGCACCCCAUAUUCUUUCACGUAUUUAGUAACGGAGGGGCUAUUCUCUACCAGCAGAUCAGUCGUACUAUGCAGGAGAUGAGGAAUCAAAUUAAUGUGAAGGGUGUCAUUUUCGACAGUUCUCCCGGCGAGAGAAGAGUGUCUUCAUUGUUCAGAGCUGCCAGUGCAAUCGUAGGUGGUCAUCCUGUGACUAAUCUCCCAAUGUCUCUUUUUAUCACCAUCUUCUUAUCAGUUUUUUGGUUGUACGAGAUCUUAACUCGAGCUUGGGGUCGAGGGAAAAGAGCAUCCACGAACCCUUUUGAACUUACUGAAGAACCACAUUCAUGGCCACAACUCUUUCUUUACUCUAAUGCUGAUACGUUAAUACCCGCAAUAGACGUUGAAAAAUUUGGGAGUCGCCGAGCAGAACGUGGAGUGCGUGUACAGUUAGUAUUAUUCACCGAUGCACCACACGUAAAACUCUACGCCGUUUAUCCGGAUGUUUACGUCAACACUGUAUGCACAUUCAUUCACGAGUGUAUCAUGGAUACGAAGAAUCAAUUGAAUUCUCAUGAUUCGAUUGAAGACGAGGAGGAUGGGAUUCAGCUGAAGUUCCAGGACACGAUUUCGGGGCUUAUGAAGAGAGUCGUCAUGCCCCAGGAAGCCUCACAGUCCUCAUUAGACAAAUAACUCGUGAGGAAAAAAGUUCUCAAACUGAAAUACUGGAAUUUGCAUAAUUCCUCGAGUUUGUCCUAUUUUUUCCUCUAUCCUUCUCGAUAAAAAUUAUAGAAUUCUCUUUUACACCUGAGGGUAUCUAUGAUUGAAAAUUACGAGGAUUGUUGCAAGCUGGUCUUGGACAAUCUCGAGUAGACGACAAUUAAAUUAAUUGAGAAAUAAUUAAUUAGUGGAGUGAUGAAAGAAAAAAAAAUAUUUCAAUUGGUGAUUUUUUUUUGGAAAUCUCAAAAUUGAAGGGAGAUAUAAAAAUUUCUGUUCAGAGUUUUUUCAUUACCUCUAAAUUUUCUCGAUGAAAUAAAGUUCAAACGAAAAUGUCCACAUCUUCAGAUUCAGAGAUAUUUACCAAAAACUGAAACACUUUACUGCUAAUUUACUAAAGAGCGAAGAAAAAAAAAUGAUAUAAAUCAUGAAUAAUCAUUAAAUUGGUCUCUUGUUAGCAAACAAUCGACGAUCAAUGAAUAGGCAAGUACUAUUUUCAUGUCUAACUAACUACACUAACUUUAAUUGAAUAAAUUUAAUUGAAUAAAGACUGACUAUGCUUGAAAAAUCGA